GGUUGGACAAUCCUCGAUAACUUGUUUUUGAUGAAUGGGACCCUUCUUGUUGUUACAUCAACUCCGCAGGAAGUUCCGGAUUUGAGGCUGUUAACAUCCUCGGGUUAUCCUAUUUUCAACGGUCCCAUUGAGAGAGCUAAGAGAAUACCCUCUGAUAGUGAUAUCCGCAUAAUCUCCCCAGAUGAAGCUCAGCGGCUUUUCCGUACUAAUUCAGUAUCACGAUUUGAUGGCGUCAAUUUCAUGAACACGGACCCAAAACAGUUCAUAACGCACUACUAUCACUGGGCAGCAGAAAUGCUCUUUGGUAUGUGGCGUACAUACUCGUCUCUCGAUCCGUUCAUUUCCACCGACGGUCAUACGACUCUGCCUCCGCCGAAACGUAUGUUCUUCCGACAUAUCAAUUCUGGUCAAUGGCGUGAUUACGCGUCUAUGAACCAAUGGGUGACGCGUGGUGCCUUCCCAUCCCUCAGCAUGGAAUUCAUGGAGGAAUGGGCAACACGUGCGGAAAUGGGCAUGCCGUUUGUUUUCGACCGCGUUGUUCUUGCAGAUCGCGCAUCUGCGGGCGAAGGAGACCCAUUCAAAGCUACUUGGCGGACCGCUAGUAACGCAUUCGACCUUCGUGGUAGUGCUCAUUGGUGGGCACCUAUUCGGAAAAGUGUCCUCGAGUUUAGUGGGCUUCCUGAACAAUGGAUCACUGGAGCUGAUCCUAGCGCGCUUGCGGAUAACCAGAAGUUCGUGAUCACGUAUAUCUCGAGACAGGGAUGGGGACGUCGAAUGCUUCGUCAAGCAGACCACGAGAAGCUUGUUGAAGAGUUGUACAAGCUUCGAGACAGAUAUGGUUACGAAGUGAAUGUCGUCAGCAUGGACAAACUUUCAAGGGCGGAGCAAUUCCAGCUCGCUGGUCGCACAACUAUCAUGAUGGGUGUCCACGGGAACGGUUUAACGUCUCUCCUUUGGAUGCGCCCGACUGCACGAUCGACGGUUAUAGAGUUCUUCUACCCCCAAGGUCUUGCAUUUGAUUAUGAAUAUACGACUCGUGCUCUAGGAAUGGUUCACUAUGGAGUCUGGGAUAACGUGUAA